AUGAAUACCGAUCAAUCACCGGCUGCGGAACCUUACCGCGCCUCUGCCUUUGCUGAUGCGAAGCCUGAACUUUCAGCUCCCGGAGCCACGCCAGAGCGGUUGGAACACCUCAGGGAUCACGGUUUUGUCAUCAUCAACGACUUUGUCGACAACCCCUGGAUCCCGAUUCUGCGUGAAGCAGGUCGCCGCGUCACCGAAGCGUGUGCACCCGAGCAUAUCUAUAGUAAGAUCGACGGCUCGAAGGGCUACGUGCACCGCACAGGACAGGAUCAGCCGUGGGCGAUUCGGGGGCUUAUCCAUCCGGCUUUCAAUGAACCCAGCUUUGCUGAGUUCCACGGUUCUUCAGAUUUCUUGGAUUUCGUCUCCUCUUGGUGUAACGGGCUCCAACCAGAGGAUAUGGUGCUUGGUGGACUGCUGCUAUGGUGCAAUGCCCGGACGCACGAGAACAAACUUGGUUGGCACCGAGAUACAACAUGGUGGGGCACCGGGGAGAGAUACUUCGCGCAGCACGACCGGAAGGAGGGACCCGAAGCGUAUUCCGAGGAGACUGAGAGAAUCCGCUGGAAAGAAAUCGUUGCAAAUAACGCGAAAUCUGUCACGGAGCGAAACGGCGUGAGCAUGUUCUUGGCGCUGACGGACGACGAAUGCCACGAGCUAGUACCGGGCAGCCACAAUCGAUGGCGUUCACCGUUGGAACAAGACGUGCUUCUACCGAGAGGGAUGAAGGACCAAGGUGUCCCACACACACCGAGUUGGAACGGCGUGGACCCGUUGCCGGGUCAGGUUGCAAUCCGACUCAAAGCGGGAGAAGCCCUCAUCCGCAAUGGCGUAACAAUCCACACCGGGCACACCGUUCCCCAGCGUGAGCGGAACACGUUGUCAAUCGGUUGGUCGAAAUGGUCAGGCGAGUUCACCGGCGAGCCUUCAGCUUCAGACGUGCGGCACGCGUGGCAACUCGAUCCCGCUGCGCGCGAAGUCUUGCCGCACAAGUGGAUGAAGAUCGCUUGGGAUCGCUGGGCGGAAACCCAGAAACUGGGAGAUUCGCUCGAGGACCGAUACACAGGCUUUGACAUCAACCGCAUCAAGGUUGGUGAGGUCAUCGGUUGGCGCGGUGAACUGGAACGCCAAGCCGCGGCAGCCGGCGAAGCGUGGGAACGCUUCCAGACCGCAGCUGGCUAG